AUGACGACUCCACUCGAGGCGGAUCCAAAGUCGGGAGGAGACGGUGGCGAAUCAGGCCCGCUCAUCCCACAGAAAUCCGGGUAUAAACUGGGUCCUUCAGUCGUUACAACUCAAGCAGUGCUGAACACGGUCAGCGGCAUUGAAGGCCUUGACAUCCAGCUUAUGCCUGCGAGCUUCAAAAUUCUCCAGGCUGAUUUCUCGUGGGCACUUCAGGAUUUAGGCGCGCUCGUUUUUUACCAGAGCAUAUCUCAAGCACUCAGUGGGCUAGUAUGGGGAUACCUGGCUGACCGCUCAUCCCGUGUUCGCCUGCUGGCGACCGGCUGUUGCUCGUGGGGGCUUGUGAGCAUGUUUCUUGCCAUGGGCACCCAAUAUUGGCAAUUCGCCGUGCUAAAGGUACUUAACGGCAUUGCUAUGGCAAGGGCGUUGUCGGCGCCGGUCUCUCCCUCUUCUUUCUUUCCAAUUGUCAAGGCCAGCGCGUCCGGGCGCAAAUCUGUUAACUUUUUAGGCUGCAUUGUUGGCGCUCUGAUUGGUGGGAGCAUGGCAAGCUUGACUGUUGUUCCGGGCGUCCGGUAUAUCGGCAUGCCGGAUUGGCAGGCCAGCGUCCUGACCGCGUGUCCGUUGAUAGGUGGGAUGGUUGGUUCGCUCUUUGGUGGCUGGCUCGGUGAUCAAGCGGACCACUGGAGCCACUUCCACGGCCGUCCUUUGAUUGGACAGAUGGGGACUCUGAUUUCUAUCCCGCUCAUUUACAUGGGGCUUCUUGUCAUUCCUCGCCGGCCUGAGUUUUUCGGACUCUAUGCACUCGACAUGCUGCUGCUUGGGUUUGCAAUAGCGUGGUGCCCCAGUGGCGUGAACCGACCGAUUUUGUCUGAAAUUGUAGAGUCGGACGCACGCGCUAGUGUUUUCGCGACGCAAAUUGUUUUUGAAGGAAGCGUGGCUGCUAUGCUGGGCUCUCCUGUCAUUGCCUUCAUGGCUGAGUCCUUGUUUGGAUAUAGUGGAGAAGGUGCGUCUGCUCAUUCGGAAGCUCUCAAGCUGAAAAACAUCGAGUAUGGGCUGCUCCACUUCACCUACCCGAAAGAUGCGUCUUCGUGA